AUGCACUACAGCUACGUUGCACUCUUCACCCUUUUGGGCCUAUUGUCUCACGCUGAAGCUAGAUCGUGCGGAGAUGAGUAUUUGUACUGUGGGUCUACCCUCCAAGGUAAAGGAUGGAGCCAGACUGAGCUCGUCAAUAUAAUCAAUAAAGAUCCAUUUCCCAACCCAAACGCCGUUGACGACUAUCGGAAUGCACUAUUCCAAUGCGGUGGUAGUGAUAACCCUUUCUUCGUUGGAUACUGCAAUAGAGGUUGUGUUAAUGAGGGUAGCGGGCACGAUGACGUUUGUAGGGAUUGUAUUCUAAUAUUUGCCGCUUCAACCACUUCCAUAUUGCUUCCCGUAGUUUCAACAUCCCUAGGUUGCGGUGGAUCUCCGCUUCUGGAAUAUAAGCUAGUUUAUACCUGGCGGAGUUUGGGAUGGAAGGACAUUGAUGUUGCAACAUUGGGUACGCUGUAUGAUGGCUGCUAG